AUGUCAACGUCGUCAAUCUCAUGGACAGCCGAUGCAACGGCAAGAUAUGAGAGAUUAGCUGCUGAAUAUUCAAAGCUUCGCUCCAAUGCUAAUGUCUUGAAGAAUGGAGUUUUAGAAGAGCGAGCAAAAUCGCAAAAACUAUCGGAUUCUCUUCAAAACUCGGAAACCCAGCUGCGAAAAGCACAAGCAGAAAAUGAAAGCCUAUCUUUUCGAAAUGAACAGCUAACGAAACGUGUACUCUCACUCCAAGAAGAACUCGACUCAUCGAAGAGAAAAGAUGGAAAGAAAGAAAAGCCAUCGAAAAGGGAGAACUUCUCGGCGGCAAUGGAGGCCGAUCUGAAGAAUAAAGUCCUGUUAUUGGAAGAAGAAUUACAGAAUAAAAUGAACGAGAAUAUGAAUUUGACUGAAAAGAUAAAUGAACUCGAGUUAUUGCAUUCGAAAGAGAUUAUGGAAAUUUCGGAGAAGUUUGCUGCACAGAUUAAUCGAUUGGAGGGGCAAUUGGAAGAAGCUAGACAUCUGAAUGUGGAAAACGAAAAGAAGUUGGCAAAAACAGCAGAAACGAGAGAGAUCGAGACGGCUGUUGUAAUACCAUUCACACUUCAUAAUCAGCUCAAAAACAACAACGAUCCAUUGCUGAAGAUUGAUCUCAAUGCCCAUGCCCCUCCUCGACCCGAAGCUUAUAGAUUGUGUUGUGAGAGUGGCCGUCUUUGUUCAUCAGCCAUCUCAACAUUUCUUCAUCUUUAUUCAGAAAGGACUACUCUCUUUCCAUAUGAUUCAAGUCUUGAACAAUUACCACAAGAGAUUCAACAGCUUUCAACCAACCUCAGCGAAGCUUCAACAAAAGCCCACAAUAUGGCCAUGUUUCUACAAGAUUUACUCGAAAGAGAGCAAUUUGAUUUGGAGAUUGAAUUGAUCUCAUUUCUGAAUCAUUUCUCUCCAUUUUGCGCUUCACUGAACGUGUUGAAGCCCGGCUUCUCAGCGCUUCUCAACGCGGAAACGCGCGGCACCUGGAGCACUAGCCAUUUGGAUCGUCUGAGUCACCAAUUCACCGAUCAUGUCCAAAAGUUGACCGAGAAAUUUGAGGAUCUCUUACAUGAACUCCAGAAUCGAAGCUUUUCUGAGAAUUUAGCCUCAAAAUUGCAUCAAUUGGCAAAUAUAAUAAAAGAUCUAAAAGAUUCAUAUUGUACCCGGUGGAGAGUCGAAAGUCAACUGCCAAUAGCCACAAAAAAAUUGAAGUGUGUUGGUGGAGCUUUGACGAAUUGUCUCAAUCAGUUAAGCCUCGAAGCGGGAAGAUUUGGAGCUCGAUUCGAGAAAGCACUCUUGAUUAAGGCUAAGGAUGAAGAAAGUACUACAAGUACUGGUGUUUCACCGCUUCACAAAAUUGUUGAAAUCCCGGGAAAUCCCUUUGAUCAACCGACAACCUCAGCUACUGAUGCUCAAGAUGAUGACAUAGAAGAUAGCGGAUUAAAAGUUAAUGAGGAAGUCAAAGAGAUAAAAGCGUCCACAUUGCCAGCAAAAAGUCCGAAUCUCUCAGAAGAAACCAGCUCGUCGUUGAUCACAUUGGAAACGGCGUGUGAAAAACAACGCACACGAAUCACCGAGUUGGAAACCGAGCGAGAGCAGUUAUUGGUGGAAAUUGCCUUAUUGAAGAGAAAAGCUGAAAGGGCACAAAAGGAAAAAGAUGAGAAAACGACAGAAAAUACAUCAAAUCAAAUGGAAGCCGCGAAUUCAAACGAUGAUCAAAACGAAGUGACUGUGGUGAAGCAUUUCUAUUCAGAGCGGUUAUCUGAGACAUUCACUCAUUUACAAGUUGAAAGAGAUCGGGCAAAACAUUUGACUGCAGAGUGUUCUUCAUUGUUGAGACGGGCAUCAGUGGCUGAGGAUGAACGAAGAUUAUUGGAGGAGAGAAUGAAGGCACUCAACAAGCAGAAACAACAAGUUGAGGAAGAGCUUUCAACGAUUCGCCGAGGUUACGAGGAACAAAUGGGUGAAUUGACCGCUCAUGUAGCUGAAUUGAAUACAAAAAUGGGACUGAAUGGACAACAACAAGGAACAGAUCGAUCACAUCAAAAUGGAUCCACAAAUAGUACACCAAGAAGCAGUUUUGCUCGAAAGCUGCUCUUCCAAAAGGAAUUCGAGAUGAAUCAAGAGGCACUGUUUUUCCGCCAACUGGAUUCGCUCAUCUACGGGUACUUGCAAAGGAGAAAUUACAUAAAAACAUUGGAGUGUCUAAUUGGCGAGUCACCUCAUCUCUCAUCACUUACAGCACAAGCGAUUCCCGGGAAAGUUUUCGUCAAUAUAAAUGAUGUACUGCACGACAAAACACUGGAACAAAUCAUUGAGAACUUCUCGCAAACGUGGCGAAGUGACGUCUCGGAGGGAUUGGUGGAAUUGGUGAGAAGACUUGGAGAGAUCUCGAAACAAUUUACGGACUACACUCUAGCCGGACCUGGAAGAUACGAGAAAAACAUUCAACGGCAAUUGUAUGCCCGCCGUGAGCCGACGACGAUCACUCGAAAUGCUAGCCACUACGAGAAAAAUCAAUCACCUUACAAGCAGUCGACACAGUUAAACGCAGUGAGAUUAACUCCAGAAUAUUUUCCACCGCCUACAACUCAAAGAUUCUACGCUCAAAUACCGCCAGAGGGUCAUCCGGGAGGGCAACAAGUCGAACAACAACAACAACAACAGCCAUUUCUUGAUAGAAGAGAGAAAACUUCGGCGGUCCCGAUGGUGAAGAAUAUGAUCACCGAAACGCUUCGAUUAGCGCAAAAUUUUCAAAAGCAGCAAAACGAUCAAUCAAUGAAUGGAACGGACUCUUUUGAUGCGAUUGACGAUCAAACUUUGGAGCUUCUACACCAAGCGAUGCCACAUCUAGAAGAAAGACUCUUCGAUUUUGAUGAGAUAGAUUUUGGUGAUCUCGAGCCAUCAUUCGAACAACAGACCAUGAUUGCAAAUAAUCAACCAAAUGAAUCGUUCGAUGUGCCAAGCAAAGAUUUGAACAUUCCAAUAGAUACCUUGCCCGAACAAGAAACGUCAGGAAGUCGAUCAAAUGAAUUCCAUGAAAUGACAUCAGUUCGGGCACAUCAGCCUAAGCUCGACAACAAUGAGUCAACAAUUGCUUCCUCUUCGAAGCCGGUCACCGUUUUACCUCAGAAAGCUAAGAGGAUACCACCAAGUUUGUCGAAUUCGACACGAAAACGUGCUCAGCCGAGGAAGCAAGCUAUUGAUGCGGAGCAAGAACUUCUUGCUGUGCCAGCCAUUCAAGUUUACUCAUCAAAUGUGGCACCUGUGCCUGAAACGACUAUUUCCACGGUUCAAUCAACACCUUUCACUCAGAUUUAUGGGCAGUUAGCCAUGCCCAAAAGUGAAGAGGGAGAGGGCAGCACAGAGAGGUUUCCAAAAAAGAACGGUGCCAAUUUGAAUCUUCAGACUCUUCACGAGCCAAAUGUGGGCUUCUCCUCAUCACCGUCUAGAUUUUCUCCUAUCAACGACAGUUUCACGCAAUCAGCACGUUCAGGCAUAGAGACGACAUACACAUCUAAGGUGGCAUUGCCAGUAAGCGUGGAAUCUCCAUCGAUCGGUGAACGGAAAUCUGCUUAUGAUUCCCCAACUGAUUCCGAGGAAGUAAGUCGAGAGGAUGGAGAAUUGGAAACAUCACCGAUCAAAAAGGCACCACCAAAGCGGGAUGAGGAAAAGACCCCAAAACCUAAAAAGCCAAGCUCAGAUUUGAUGGAAGAUUUGUUCGGCGAUGUGAGUUCAAAGGAAUAUCAACGGGAAAGGGAAAGGAGUUCAACGAAAAGCGAUCCAAAAAAAGAUUCCCGAGUACAGUCAAAUCGAAGCAAUCGAUUGGAGAACAAAACAACCGAGCGUGAAACGAGGAAAGACGACGAAAAACGACAAGAAAAAAAAUCACGUGAUCAUCGCUUGUAUGACUCGAAAGACAAGGAAAGACUUGGGGGUGGAUCGCGAAUGAAAGAUGAAGAUCGAGGAGGACGAAUAAAAGAAAAAAGAGAAAGCAAGGAUUCGGAUGAGAAACAAACAGCCACAACAAUGAAUCGAGAGGAAAAACGAAGGAAAGAUGACGACGAACAACAAUUUAUGAAGAGAAUGUUCGAACGAGAAAGGGAGCAAGAAAAACGCGACUCGGAACGAAGCCGACGAAAUCCCGAAGCAGAGCGGCGGCGCGAAGAGGAAAGGAAACGACGAGAAGAGGAGUCAAGGCGACGUGAAGAGGCAAUGUCGCGAAAACAAGCAGAGACAUUAAGGCGAUCAUCCAAUACAACAACAAGCACACGUCAGCCACCACAAAACGAAUCACGAACAGGCCAAAAAUGGGCUGAUAAAGAAAAAACGGCAGGAAACAGCGACUUAGUAAGAGGAAAAGCGUUAAAGGGUGAACCCGGUGUGCUGGAGAAAACAAUAAAAUUGAUGGACAGAGAGACAUCCAGUGCACGCAAUGUGGAGCUUGGAAACGACAGUCACGAUGAUGGAAAACAUGUGGAAAGAAGCGGACAUCUGGAGAAAUCGACCUCAUCAACUACAUCCACCUCGACUUCUUUAGCUAAUCAAGCAGAACAUCGAGAACGGUCAGCCAAUCAACGAGAGAGAAACGAUGACAACAAUUGUAGCCCUCCUCGGACAGAGAAUCGUCGAGUCUCCGAUCGCCACCUUGCAACAUCGAAUGGUGCACCGAGCCAAAACGAGAAUUAUCUCUUCAAAAGUACCAUUGGCGGAUAUCGACUUGGUUCCCGAUUUGCGAGUAUCACUUCUGGUACACGAGCACUUCGAGAAGCCGAUCUGAAUAUGUCUAUACAAACGGAUGAUCGGCCUUCAACUUCAGAUCAAUCACAAAAGACGAUCGACCCAUUAGAGCCCAGAGACCCCCGAAUCACACAAACUAGCCGACUGAGUGAGUCUUCAAGUGACGCGGAGAUUCCGGCGGAUCCACGAUUGAAAAUUCUAAGCGCAAAGAGACCGUUAAAUGAACCACACUCUCCUGUUGAAAUCUCGCCGAAGCACGAUGUAAAAGCGGCUUUUGAUUUGCCUUCAUCACAACCACAAAAAAAGAUUAAAUUGGACCUUCAUGCACUGAUAGUUAUGUUGAGGAGUUGUGCGAGGGGAAUCGCUGUGAUACGACGCUUUUGCAGUGCAAAUGAUAUACAUGAGGAAAGAUAUACUGAAUUGUUGCGCGAGAGUGGUCAUUAUCACAAUGAUGCCAGCACUUCAACGAAUCAAGGACACAAAGUUUUGAUUGUUCAUCCCCACAUCCGUUGGGGUCGACACUCGGCAUCAAAAUGGACGGAUCCCCAGCUUCAACUCGAAGAGGCCAUUGCUUUAGUUGGCACUCUUCCCACCAUGAAAAUUGCUGGAUCGACAAUCGUCGGAACCGACUACCACACAAAUCGACGACUUAUUUGGGGAACAGGAAAAUUGGAGGAACUACGAUUGUUAAAGAAGCAAUUUCGCGCCUCGGCUCUGAUGGUUAACGUGGAUAUGUUGCAACCAAACCAACAGGCUUCUCUUUUCGAGAUGUUCGGCGUGCCCGUUUUUGAUCGCUACAAUAUCGUUUUAUCGAUCUUCAAGCAAUUCGCCACAACACUUGAAGCUAAACUUCAAAUUCAACUAGCCGAGAUUCCAUACGUAAAACAUCGUCUUCACUACAUGUUCAACUCAUCACAUUCUGGUGGCUUGUCACCGCUGCAAAUUCACAGUGAGACGUUUGGACCAAGAGGUGCUGACAAAUUUGAAGUGCUCCGACUUCGGGAACAAAUGCUGCGGCGGAAACUCAAAGAAGCGAAAGAAGACGAGGAGAAAACAGCUGCCAAAAAUAUAGCAGAUGGCUCUCUGGUGGCCGUGGUUGGUUACACAAAUGCAGGGAAAACGAGCUUGGUGAAAAGAUUGACUGGAAGUGCGUCUUUGCAACCACUCGAUCGUCUAUUUGCAACUCUCGACACAACACGGCAUGCGGCAAGGCUACCAUCUGGAUUCCUCUCCGAUUUGCCGAUUCACCUGCUGGCCGCUUUUGAGGCAACAUUGGGACAUUUGAAGUUAGCGGAUGUGAUUGUUCACCUACGAGACGUCUCUCAUCCCGAUUGGAAAGCUCAAAGUGAAGAGGUGAUUUCAACUCUUAAGAAGGUCGGAGUUGGUGAAGACAAGAUGGCUAAUGUGAUACACGUUGAUAACAAGGUUGACAAAUUGAGGGGUGAUUUUACAAGCGAUCUCGAUUCAUCGUUGCAAAUUUCAUGCAAAUCGGGUGAAGGAAUCGACGGGUUAAUUGGAUGUAUUGAGCGGCAAGUGAUCGCCUCAACCGGAUGUCGUCUACGAAGGAUUGCCCUCAAAUUGGACUCACCCGGCAUUCAAUGGCUUUACCAUGAGGGGCUGGUAAUGAAGGAACCUGAGUCAUCAACUAACGAUCGUCUCCUAUUUGAUGUGUUUAUGACGGACGGAGAAAUGAAAAGAUUUCAGAAGAAUUGCAAUAUUCGUAAGGCA